AUGGAUUGCUCAUUCCUUCGUUUAGCCCCAAUCAAAGUUGAAAUAGUUCGAUUUGAACCCUUAGCCGUUAUAUUUCGAAAUGUUAUUGGUGAUGAAGAGAUCGAAAUAAUGCAGAAUAUAGCGUUAAAAAGAUUAAUGAUAGCUAGGGUUCAAAAUGCUGCUACGGGUGAAGCCAUGCUUUCAAAAUAUAGAAUUAGCAAAAAGUUUGGCUUAAAAUAUUAG